AUGACGCACGCCAGGUUCAACUUCUACCCGCGCUGCCCCAGGCCGGACCUCGUCCUCGGCCUGAAGCCCCACUCCGCCACCUCCUGCUCCGACUUGGCGUCCGAGGACGCCAGCGCUGGAGGAGGUGGCGGUGCUGGAGCCGUGGAGGGGUGGGGCGGAGAGCGCGGCGGCGAUGUUCGGCCCUCACGCGGGCGGGAAGGGGGAGCAUCGGCGCUAGGCGGAAGCGGCGGCGGCGGCUGCGGCGGCGGCGGGGUAGGCAAAGCCAAUACUGCACCUAACCAGGAUGAAAGCUCUCUCUCGGUAACGAUCUCCAAGGCGGCGGCCUCCGCCGCCACCGCGCCGGCGUUCUUGCCACGCGCGGCCACGACGACGUCGGCUCGGCAGAUGGGGCACCGGGGGCAGAGAAGCUAG